AUGGCGCGUGUUGCGUGGUACCUUCAAGCAUGGCUGGCGGCGGCCUCAAUAGCCGAUGCAGCUGUGCUGCUCGAGCCUCGCCAGUCCAGCAUCACUAUUACCUCAACAGGCAAUCCAAUUCUGGCCGACGGCACGAUCUACUCGGCGGACCCAGCACCACUUGUGGUCAACGACACUGUAUAUAUCCUGGCCGGUCGGGACGAGGCCGGGGCUACCGAGAACCAGUUUACCAUGAACCAGUGGCAGAUAUUCGAGAGCAAAAGUGCAACACCCUCAGGUGGACAAUGGACACUGCACCAAAAUGUUGCGGUUCCUCAGACAGUCUUUAAAUGGGCGAGCCAGGGAUCCGCAUACGCCAGCCAAAUUGUCCGCGGUGUGGAUGGUCGGUACUAUCUCUAUGCGCCUGUUACUCAGGCCAACUCGCCCAACUCCGACCCCUUCGCCAUUGGCGUUGCCGUAUCGAACAGUCCUCUUGGGCCCUUCACAGAUGCUCACCCAUCAGGGCCUAUCAUCUCACAGAGCGUGCCAGUACAGAACAACAUCCAAAACAUCGACCCCACUGUCCUUGUCGACAACGGAAAAGUGUACCUCUACUGGGGGACGUUCGGCCAGCUAAAGGGCGUUGAGCUUGGCACAGACAUGGUAACGGUCAAGAGCAACACUAUUGUGGCGGUCAACUCCCUGAAUGGGUUCUUUGAAGCUCCGUGGCUCAUGAAGCGCAAGGACACAUACUACAUGCUGUAUGCUGGGAACAACGCCGGCCCGAACUCGCCGUGCACACCGACUAGCUACCAUGCGUGCAUCGCCUACGGCACCGCCUCAAACCCGCUGGGCCCAUGGACCUACCGCGGAAUUGCCCUUGAUAUUGUAUCCUCCACAACCUCGCACCCGGGCGUCUUCGAGCUACCAGCAGGCUCAGGAAAGUACUUCCUUGUUUACCACACUCGCGACGCCACCGGCGGGACGCACUUCCGCCGGAGCAUCGCAUUUGACCAGCUCAACUGGGACGACACAACAUCGCCCCCUUCCAUCAUUAAGGUCACACCGACCAAGAGAGCCGCCCCGCCGCGCACGCCGACUCGCAACAUCGCGCCAGCGGCAACACCGUCCUCGGCCAACGGCACGCCCAUCCAGUACUGGGUGAAGGCAAUCAACGACGAGCGUGUCGAGGCUAAUCCUCUACCCCCGGACUACUGGAGCUCGUGGGCCGAGCAGUCGCCGUCCAGCAACACCCUGUACUACACUUGGAACGCCACAGUGCAGCUCAACGGUACCGCCAUCGCCUUUUUCGCCGAUGCUCCCGCUGGGGCCACCGCCGGCGUUGCCCCGCCUGCCUCAUGGUGGGUCGAGUAUCUCAAUGAAAGUGGGCAGUGGGCUCGCGUCGCGAACAGCACUGCGUUCUCAACCAUGGUCACCAACAGCCCCGCGGAGACCAAGUUCACGACCAUCUCCACAAAAUCCAUCAGGGCCAUUCUGAAUCCAUCAGGACGGAGUGGCGCGUACGCUGCUGUCGGUGUCAAGGAGUGGUUUGCUUUCAAGCCUACAGCAUCAUGA